CAAGAUAUGAGAAGAAAGAUCCAAACAGCAGAAGAGAAGUGGGAAGCAGAGAGUCUGGAGCUUUGGCAGAAUGAAGAAAUACUGUGGAAAUGAAGUGUGGUGAUGUGCGGCUUCUCACCUUUUUAGGAUUAUCCCACUGACGUUCAUCUACCUCAGCAGGUGUUGUGGGGGACCCGGUGCAGACCAAACCUCUAACAUCAUCCCACCAUCAUGAGUGACAGACGUGGACCAGAUGGACACUCCAACCGCAGACCGGUCCAAAAUGUCAAACCCAGAAUGAGCAACAAGGGUGAUAACUGGAAGAAGCCGGAGAAGCCCACCAGGGCCAGGAGGUCCAGGAGCAUCGACUCAGAGAGAGGAGACCGGGGCCGCAGGAGAGACCGGCAGCAGGGGGAGCCCAGGAGGAGGGGCCGGAGCGAGGAGGCCCGGGGACGAGACCGGAGGGAGGGGGAGAGCGACCGCAAGAAACCCAGACCACCUGAGGAUGAUGUGGAUGACACCGAGUGCGCCAUCUGCUUCUGUUCCUAUGACAACAUCUUCAAGACUCCAAAGCUGCUGGCAUGCGGACACACGUUCUGCUUGGAGUGUCUGGCGCGGAUCAACGUGUCCUCCGUGGAGCUCAAGAGCCUGUCCUGCCCCGUGUGCCGGGAGGUGACGGAGCUCCGCCACGGAAAGGACCUGCCCCGGCUCGGAAACAACCAGGACAUCAUCGACAAGCUUCCCCCGGAGAUGCACCGCGCCCUCUCCAUCCGCUUCAAGCGCAGCAAAGGGAAGCUGGUCCUGAAGAGCCUACCCCCCACCAGUCCCACCAGUCCCACCAGUCCCACAACACUCAACUCCCUCUCCCUGCCAGUCAAGAACAGCCAGGUGACAGCAGGUGAUGACGUCCACCUGAACGCCAUGGAGCAGGGAAUGCCCCCGACCACCGUGGUGGACGUGGGCAGACCACCCAACCAGGUCCGGGGUCGUCUGCGGAGGUUGUUCCGCUCGGACCGCUGCUACUAUGCGGUGGUGGCCUCCAUCGUCACUAUCACCGUGGCCCUGAUGCUGGUGGGGAUUCUGGCUUUUGUCAUCAUACCACAUGUUACACUUCACACAAGGCCUGUUCUUGGAGGGAACCAUACGGUGCAAGGACAACCGGGUGGACCGAGACCAUGAAGAAACUGGUUCUGUUAUGAAUACUGAUCCGGUUUACCCCUACUGAGUAUUAGAGCCACUGAGGAUUCAACAAAAUUAUAUUUCAGUUUUAAAGUCAUAAUAUUACGAGCAUAAAGUGGUAAAAUUUCGAGAAAAUACUCAAAAAAGAGACAAAAUUAUUAUGAGAGUAGUCAAAAUUCCCAGUUACCUAAAACGCAUCAGUCUAUUAGUGCUUGAUAAUUAGAAUAUUACUUAAAAAACAGUCUCACUACUACGGAAGAGGAUUAGGGCCACUCAUGCAAAAAAAAAAAAAAAAAAAAAA